GACGAAACGGAAGUUUAGACGGUUGCUCGGGGUGAACAGUGACAGCAGCAUCGCAGGAAACAAAUUUUCAUCCUUUCCCCCUGAACAAACCCGAGCUCCCCUUUCCCUCACCCAUGGCGUCCAAUACUAAUAUAGACAUCGAGGGUGCAACCCAGCAUCUUCGGGACAUCCUCAAGCUCGACCGCCCCGGGAACAGCACCGAUGGAAAUUCAAGUGAAAGUGGUAGAAAGCCAUCUUUUAAUGGAGAGCUGAAUGGGCUAUUGGGAACAGGCCUUCUGGGGAGCACUGACCGGUCAUCCAUGUCAGAAUCGACAAGACCCAUCUCCACAGAUCUCAGCAGUGCUCAGGAGAUUCAGAUAAUCUGCCUUUCUGGUGAUGAUGGCUCUACCUGUAUUCCAAUUACUUCUAACAAUGUGGAGAUUGUGGCAAGCCAAGACUCUAGCAUCAACAGCAAGGCUCGAGGCAGCAACAAGGUAAGAAACCAAAUCAUCAGCUACAACCUGGCAGCUCUGGCUCCUUGGUUUAUCUUUGGGCAUUUUUUCCCCUCAGGAGCCAACAACCAUGCUAUGGUUCGUGUCCUCAGUUUGGAGUUUGGUGAGCGUUCCUUACUGAAGGGAUUCACCGGGGCCGUCACAGAUCUGGCUUUCGCCCACCUUGAUUCAUCUCUGUUAGGUUGUGUAGAUGAAGCGGGCAACCUGAUGGUCUGGCAGCUCACCUACACUGCCAACAAGAUACUAGAUCAGAUAGUAGUUCAUAUCCGACGGCCAGAAAACACUCCACUGAAUUCCCAUCGUCGCCUCAUCUGGUGUCCAUUCAUCCAGGAUGACAAUGAGGAGAUCCAGGAUGAUGCCAGUCAAACUUUGGCUCUUCUACAUGAAGACAGGGCUGAGGUAUGGGAUCUGGAGGCCUUGAGAGCCAACAACAGCAGCUGGCCUGUUGAUGCCACAGAAGUAAAGGAGGGCCUCAUCGCAGUCAAGGGGCAUACCCAGAGAGUCAGUGAAGGCGCACUCUCUCCAGAUGGAACCGUGUUAGCCACAGCCAGCCAUGAUGGAUACAUCAAGUUCUGGCAGAUAUACAUAGAAGGUGGGCAAGACAAACCCAGAUGUCUUCAUGAAUUGCGGCCUCAUGGAGGACGUCCUCUCUCCUGUCUUCUUUUCUGUGACAACCACAAGAGGCAGGAUCCCGAGGUUCCUUUCUGGCGAUUUCUGAUAACUGGAGCUGACCAAAACCAGGAGUUGAAGAUGUGGUGCACUGUUUCCUGGACCUGUUUACAAACCAUCAGGUUCUCCCCUGAUCCAUUAAACUCAUCGACUCUGCCAAGCCUCAAGGCCAGCCUGGACCUCUCUGCUGAGUAUCUGAUCCUCACUGAUGUGCAAAGGAAGGUUUUAUAUGUGAUGGAGCUGCGACAGGACUUGGAGAAAGGAAAGGCAAAUUUCACAGCUGUGUCAGAGUUCCUGCUGACCCACCCUGUGCUCAGCUUUGGGGUACGUGAUGUUACCCAGUGUCGAUUGCGGCACACUGAGGUCCUUCCUGCUGAGGAGGAGAGUGAAAGCAUGACAACAGAGGGCCCUCAAGGACCCACAGAGUCCAAAUCUGGAAUCCAGAUUAAACUCUACUGUGUCCACACCAAGAGUUUGCAGGAUGUUCAGAUUUGGUUUCAGCCCAAUGCUGGUUCCAACUCUGCGGCCUUCCUUCCUCAUUCAGAUUCUCAGGAUGGUCUGGCUGGGUUUUCAGAUCAUCUCACUGAUCAAAGCUCUGACAAGGAUUCAGGAAGUGGCUCACAGACUGAUCUAAGGAAGAUCCCAUCACUUCCUGCUCCCUCAGACUUCCUGUCAAAUUCGGGCACCGGCAGCGGAGUGAUGCCCAAGCUGAUGACUCCUGAUGCCUUCAUGACACCGAGCACUUCAGUACCAGCAUCUCCUGGGAGCAGUGCCAGCAGUCUGACCAUUGUGACAGCUAUAAGCAGCAACUCUGACUCAACAAACAGAGCUAUGGAGGAUGCAAGUCAGAGUCCUAACAGGGCUGACAACAGCAGUACUGGGCUGCCACUCUCUGCCUCCACCAGCAGCCCAAGAGCUGCUUCCACUGUGCUACUUCCCGGACUCGAGAGCCUGCAGGUUUUGGCAACCCCUAGUGGUCCUCUGGUACUCGACAGCUCUCAGGUUCUAGAUCCUCCACUCCUGCCACCUUUGGCAUCUCCAACUAGAGCCCGCUCCCCUGACGUCAUCUCCUCAGCAUCCACAGCCAUGUCCCAGGACAUGCCAGAGAUCGCCUCUCAGACCCUGCAGCUUCAGCGUGGACUAGUGUCCAGCUUGGAUCCCUUGCCUCUUUCUGCCCUCCAGACAGACAGCAUGGCCUCUGCCGCCUCUGCACUGCACUUGUUAACCUCACCACGCUCAGCCAGCAACAGCGGCUUGUUGGCCCUUGAACUUGGAGGUGCAGAAGGGCCUGUGGGUGGGGCAGCAGAGUCUGAGUCCAGACUGAGUCACACACCAUCUCUGCUUGAGAAUGCGCUAUCACAGGAAAAUCCUGUGAUAGGAGGAGGGUCCUCAGAUGGCAACGUUAGCCACACACCAUGGCCAGCUGCUCCAGAUAUCACCAGAGAAACCAGGAACAGUCUCAGGGACAACGGACUUGUUGACUGUUCAAGAGAGGAGUCACAGGACAGACACUUGAGCUCACCUUACCAUCGACGCUCAUAUCACCUGCCACAGAAUGACAGUCAGGACGCUGGAGCCGAGCAGAGUGACCCUGAUGAUGAGGUGGCCAGUCUGGCGUCAUCCUCUGGAAACUGUGGUUCUCGAUCUUCACAUAGACUGCCGGUGAAUGAUUGGAAAACCUCACCACGAGGAUCGCCAAAGCCAAAGAGAAAGAUCAAGAAAGACGACAGUGAGUCAUCACAGUCCAGGCAAAUGGAUUCUGGUCAGUUUAAUGCAGAAGUACAGGACGAGUUGAUGAUGCUGUUGCGUAGCCAGCAGAGGGAGUUAACUGAACUGCGGGGACAGAUUGAAACCAUGCAGAGCUCCAUUAUGGCUCAGGUGGAACAUGUCCUGACAAAUCACCAGGAGCAAGAACACCGCAGACUUGAGCGAGUUCUGGCAGAGAGUCAGAAUCAUCAGCAGCAGCUUCAGGAACAACUCAGCCAGCAUCUCAGCCAUGCCCUCAGCUCAGCUCUGACCAACAGAAUGGACAAAGUGCUUCGGGACGAAAUGAAGAAAACAGUCCCACAAACAAUCUCUAAGACUUUGGAGCCAGUGACAGGCCAGCUGAACAACACAAUUGCUGCUAAACUGACUGCUGUGGAGGUCACCCUGAAGGACAAUGUUGGCAAAGUGGUGAAAUCGAAGAACACAACGGAUGCGAUUGGUCGAGCAGCAGCAGAGGCGAUGCAGGGCCCCAUCCAGGCAGCAUAUAAAGAUGCCUUCCAGAGCAUUGUGCUUCCUGUUUUUGAAAGAGGCUGCCAGUCCAUGUUUCAGCAAAUCAACGACAGCUUCAAACAAGGCACACAAGAAUACAUCCAGCAGCUUGAGACUCAUAUGAAGAACAGAAAGCAGAGAGACCAGGAUACACGAGACCCCAUGAUUGGCCAGCUCCAGCAGAUGAUCGACAACUUCCAGAGCUCCACUGAUCAGCUGGGCAACAACAUCACAGCUAACGUCCGGGCUGAAGUCCAGCAUCAGAUCCAGAUGAUGGUGGGAAACUUGCAGGAGUCUAUUCUUAGCCAUGUGCAGCGGAUUGUCAAAGGUGAGGUGAGCCUAGCGAUGAAGGAGCAGCAGGCAGUGGUCACCUCCAGCAUCAUGCAGGCAAUGAGGUCGGCGGCCGGCACACCAGUUCCCACAGCACAUUUAGACUACCAGACACAGCAGACGAACAUCCUGCAGCUCCUCCAGCAGGGCCAACUCAAUCAGGCUUUCCAGCAGGCUCUGUCAGCGACUGAUCUGAAUUUGGUCUUGUAUGUGUGUGAGACCAUCGACUCUCAGCAGGUGUUCGGACAACACCCCUGCCCUCUAAGCCAGCCCGUGCUGCUUUCUCUCAUCCAGCAGCUUUCUUCCAACCUCACAACUCGCUCUGAGCUCAAAAUCAGCUACCUGGAGGAUGCGGUAAUGAAUCUGGACCACAGCGACCCCCUGACCAGAGACCACAUGUCGUCCGUGCUGGCCCAGGUCAGACCAAAGCUCUUUGCCUUCCUGCAGCAGGACCCCCACAGCCCGCUCAGCAAGAGGGCGCGGCGCCUGAUGAUGAUGCUACAGGGACUCGUCAACCACUAGUUGUCGGUUUAAAGGCUGCUGCCAAAGAGUGGUUUUCCUCUUGAUGCCGAUCAUAUGUCCACCGUUUUUUUGUUGUUGUUCCCCCCCCGGUAGUGUUUCAUAGGAGAAAGCACCAAGGACAGCUUCUCCAGUUUCUUGGAUCCUGAUCAGGAUGCGUCUCUCCUUGUUUCAUUUCUCCUCCUUCCCCCUUUUCUGCACCAGUGAAGUGUCAAGUCAAGAAAUGGACAGUUUUUAGUUUCUCAGUUUUUUGGUUCUUUUUUCUUUUUGUUGUUUUCUUUAAGACAAUAAUGGUCUGGGGUGAAAGCUUUCUGUUGAUUUAUGUUCAGAGACUCUUAAGUUCACUGUAGCUACAUCCAGACCUUUGUUACAGCUGCUUUAUUGACCCAAGAGACCUGGUGGUCGUCUCUUCCAUCAAGACUGUCUCAGCCAUGACAGCAAGAGAGUGCUGAGAUUCUUUCAUCCCCCUUAACAACAACUGAAAAAACAAGAAUGAGGAAAAAAAACAUACAAACAACCUGACACUGUUUGAUUUUACAUCAUCCAGACGUGCAUAAGACUUGAAGAAUGUCCAGCCGAGUGGUCCAUGUGAGGCCAGACGGGGCUGUUCCUUUUGUUGUGCUGUUUCCUCUAAGCUACCUGCCAGGCAUGUUUUGGGAUGCUGAACAAGUUUUGAUGCAGGGGGCUACUUCUGAGCAACAGAAAGAAAACAUGCUUUGCCUCAAAAUGUCGCCUUCUAUUUUGGCCUUAAGAGCAAACAGCAGGCUUGUACACAUUGUUACUUUCUUCCACACAGACCAGCAUCCUUCUGCUAAAGCCUGGAAUUUGGUAGUCGUAGGAUUAUCCUCCCUUAGUUCAGUUUUUCUUUGCUUUUUCUUUCUUUUCUUUUUUUCUUUUUGAAGCUAAUCCUGGCAACCAAAAGAAUAUGUACCACCCAAAGCCAAUUUUCUUUUUCUUCGUUGGUGGCAUAUUUCCUAUGAGCUGUUUCUUAAUAGGUCUCCAACCUAUUAAGAAAUAGGUCUCCUAUUUGUUUGGCCCUUGCCAGACUAGAUCUUUGAAGAGAAUCAACACUAUAAACCUUUUUGAUAGACAAUAAUGCAAUUUGCUCAUGACUUUUUCACCUGCUUUGGUUUUAGAAAUCACUCUAAAGAGGAUUUUCUGAAGGAUACAUUGAGUGUAAGAAAUGUUUGCAGAGGUCUUCCAGGCUGUAAAGAAUUCCCCUUCAAAACCUGAAAUGUUUGGAGCUCAAUAUUGAAGCCGGCAGCCGUCCACAUGUACAGCUCUGUCCACAGACUUCUCCCCAUGUUUUUUUUCUUCCCUUUUUUAUAUAAACAUUUAGUAUUUGUAAGCCAUGUACCGGUAUACUUGCGUUAAAACUUGUCAAAGUAGCUUAAUAAUUGGAAAAAAAAAGGAACCUUGGUAAACAUUAAAUGUUACAGAUCCUGUUGUUUUACCUGGCAAUUGCAAAUAUUGCUUGUAAACUCAAUGUGCAGUGACUUCUCUUAGGCUCUAGGAGGCAGCACUUGGACAUCCAUCCUGCUUGAAAUUUAGGCUUUGAAUCCAGAAGUCAUUCCUGCUCUUUCAGUAUCAAUGAAAAGCCUGCCUUUAGAUUGUAAGCGCACCAUUUGUUCACAUUUACACUGAGUUCAAAGUGUAUGAUAUUUUGUGUAGAUCCCAUUCACACACCUCAUUGUUUCAUGACUGGGUGGCUGCACUGAAUUGCUGAUUGUAAAAUAAAAGUUUAGUUCAUUUCAAGUGUUUGUUCAGAAUCUGUUGGGUUUGACUAGCAAAGUGCCUUACUGUAAUUUACCUGUUUUGGAUGAUAACUUGCGCGCGCGCACACACACACACACACACACACACACACACACCCCUGAUCCAUCUAAGUUUUACAAUCAUUUAUGUCACUGAAAUAUGUGGGAAGGCUCAGGCACCACAGUGGAGGAGAAGCUGUAUGUUUUCUUUGCAAACAUUUGUCCGGAGGCAGGUGAUCAGUACGGACAUUUGAACUCUCAUUUCAGUGUUUGAAGAAGAAAGAAUUUUGACUACUUAGCAGUUCACUGGGAGCUCUGCAUGAGAAACAGAACAGAAGUUCAUGUGGAUUUUUUUUUUCUCUUUCCAUUGUGUUCAUUUCCCUCUGCUUGGUUAAUUAUGUUGUAUCUUUUACGGUUUGUUUUACCCCAAACAUUUUGGAAUAAAAAAAAAACAAAACGUGUUCAAA